CACACACACACACACACACACACACACACCCACACGCAGUAAGUGACAGAGGCUUCUCACAGAAACACACAUCAGUCUGCUUCAUAUUCAUCAUCAUCUUCAUCGUCUGUCAUCCGUCCAUCAUGCACAGCAAAGAACAAAUCAGUCAUGACGAUUACCAGAAGACGGCUGAUUGGCUGAUGUCUCAGACGAAGCACCGCCCCCAGGUGGCGAUCAUCUGCGGGUCCGGACUGGGCAUGCUCGCUGACACCCUCAAGUGUCAGGACUCCUUCGCUUAUUCUGACAUACCGGGCUUCCCACAGAGCACAGUGCAGGGUCACGCAGGUCGGCUGGUUUUCGGGGAGCUGAAGGGGAAAACAUGUGUGUGCAUGCAGGGUCGCUUCCACAUGUAUGAAGGACAUUCACUCUGCAAGACGACGUUUCCAGUUCGAGUCUUCAAGCUGUUGGGAGUUGAGACUCUGAUCGUGACGAACGCUGCCGGCUCAUUGGCCGAUGGCCUCCAGCCCGGUGACAUCAUGAUCAUCAAAGACCACGUCAACUUCCCAGGAUUCGUCGGUCUGAACCCGCUGAGCGGACCCAACGACGACAAGUUCGGACCUCGUUUCCCGGCCAUGUCAGGUUGCUAUGACAAAGGUCUGCGUAGCACAGCGAUGGAGAUCGGCAAGCAGCUGGGCGUGGCCGGCCUCAUGCAGGAGGGUGUGUACGCCAUGGUGGGGGGGCCGAACUUUGAGUCCAUCGCUGAGGCCAGACUGCUGCAUCGACUGGGGGUGGACGCUGUCGGUAUGAGUACGGCUGCUGAGGUCGUCGUGGCGACUCACUGCGGUCUGCGAGUGUUCGGCCUCUCUCUGAUCACCAACAAGGUGGUGAAGAGCUACGAGGACUCGGACAGUGUGAACCACGAGGGCGUGCUGGAGGUCGGCCGGCUGCGUUCUCAAACUGUUCAGCAGCUGGUGACUGAGCUGGUCAGCAGGAUGGAGAUCAACAACAACACUGCUAUCUGAACACACACACACACACACACACACACACACACACACACACACACACACACACACUUACACAUACACAUGCACAUACACACACACACACACACA